GCUGGCAUAUUAAACAUUUUGUUUAUGAAUAAUCUUUUGUUUGGAACCAAAGUAAUAAUUAGCAUUUAUUAAAAUUAAAACAAUUAUCAGGGUAUAGGUAUUGUUGUAAUUUAUAACUGUUUUGAACACAAGUAUAUUUUAAAUGUUAUGGAUAGUAAUCCAUCAGUCAAUGCUCGUUUGCAAACUCUGAUUGAUGAUUCUUGGCGUCAAGAAAUUAUAUCAUUUGAUGAAAUAGUUGUUCCGAUUAAAGAACUACCUGAUCCUGAAGCAGAUGCUACUGAUGCUCACUUGACUCUAACUCAGCAAGAUACGAAGUGGACUGAUUUAGCUCUUUCAAAUAUACUAAGUGAUAAUCCAUUACCACCACCACCACAAAAUUUAUAAAUUUUAAAAUGGAAUUUC